GACCUUUGAGACUCACAACGCGGGGGAGAGACGCGUAAAAGUCGAGUAGAGAGACGACAAUGGCCACAACUCUCACGCAGGACUCGGUUUUGCAGUUUCUGCAGAACAACGGCGGCUCGGUGAAAAACGCGGACCUGCUUUUGCACUUCAGAAACUUUAUCCGCGACCACGCGGAGCGCGAUGCCAACCGAGAACUCUUCAAAACGUUCGUGAAUACUCUGGCCACCGUCAGGCAGGUCGACGGGCUGUCUCAUGUGGUGCUCAGGAAGAAGUUUCGGAGAGGGGGCCACGCCGAGAGGGGGCCCCCCGGUCCCCGGCGAGGCCCCGGGGGCCGCACCGAGCCGCGCCAGGUGAAGGCUGCUCGAGCCCCGCCUGCGCGCACAGACGACCCGCGGCAGAAGCUCCCCCGGAGGAGGGACGAGGAGACCGCAGUCUUACCCGCGGCCGGCUUCCUGGGAAAACACGACGACAACCUGAAAACUAAUCUAAACACAAAAUAUGAACAACCAGCACAGUCAAACUCCCCUCCUGGACCGUGUGAAGGACCAGGGCCGGCACCAGCAGGGAGGGGGGCGGGUGUCCCGGGUUUGCCCGAGGCCUCUGCCUGUGACCCGGGGGGGCAGAGGCUUGUUUCUGCCCCCAACCCCCCAGGGGUGGGACUUCCCCAGGACAUUAGGAGGGCCCCUCCUCCCCAUCAGGCCUCUCUUGAUCCUCAGGCGGCCCCUCGCCGCGCCAGGUACAGGCAGAGUUACAAAUCAGCGAUGUCUCAAAGUGAAGAUGAUGAUGAUGAUGGUGAGGAGGAGGAUGUUCCAGUGAGGAGGGGGUCAGCAGGAGGGAUGCUGCCUCUAAAUGAUCCUCCCAAUCACAUGGGGAAAGACAUGUCUGCGUCCUCCCCGUGCCUCACAGACGUGUCUGGACCCCCCCCUGUUAUCUCCCCGCUUUCCUCUGCUGCUUCCACAAAGAAGCUCCCGCAGAUUUACAUCCAACCUGCCGAGGGGGGGAUUCUGACUCCUGGUACCCCCCCGGAGACGGGGCUGAAGGAAGACAGGGGAAGGUUAGAGGUGGAGGUCAGGUCCCCCCCCGGGAACGUGAUGCCUGUCAGUUGCAGUCUGCCCCCAGAGCCGGAGUGCUUCGCUCCUUGUUCCCCUCAACCUCCAGAACCAGAACCAGAACCUCACCUUAACCUUUACUGGGACCAGGGAUGCACGCAGUCUUCGGGGGCUCAGCUGCAGUCCAGACAACUGCCGGAGGAGAUGGGACUGCUGUCGUCCAGCUGCCCCAGCGACGCCCCCUGGGCUGAUGCCGGGCUCUCCAGCAGCAGCUGGUCCCUGCUCGGGUCCACAACAUCCCCAGGAAGAUACAGCAGCUCUGCAGACCUGGACGCCAGUGGAGGUUAUCUUCAUGAUGGAGGCGGGUCAAGCGAGGGCUCGAUCCCCUCACCUCAGCUCCGGGAGCACCCCUCCAUCACCAGGCGGGUCAACAGUCAGCUAAGGACCAGAAUGUGCCUCAGCCUGGGAGCCGAUCUGGACAAGCUGGUCCAGAUGGAAGUGAGGGAAGGAGGAGGAGGAGGAAAUGAGGUGGCCCGACUGCACCGCCUGCACCGGAUUUCUUCUUCGCUUAGCCUUCACUAUAAUCUGUCGUCAUCCUCAUUGUCAUCUUGCGCUACACCGCCUCGCUGCCCCAGCCCUGCCCUCCGCAUCGAUGGGGAGGAGAGAGGAAGGAGGAGGAACUUCACUAGGGCGGGGUCCUUGUCCUCACUUUACAAUGGUGGCCAGCCAUCAGUCCCACUGGAACCCAGGGAGCAUGCCUGGAUGGUAAAGGGGGCAGAGGGGGCCUGGCCCGACAUCUACUCCCUGUUCAGAGAGGACCCGUCGCUCCUAAACAGACGAGACUUCAUCUCUGGCUUCACUGUGCUGCACUGGAUCGCCAAACACGGGGACCACCGAGUCCUCAACACGCUAUGGUACGGAGUUGAAAAGGUUGGCUUGACCUUGGAUGUAAACGCCAAGUCCACCGGGGGUCAGACGCCUCUUCACGUCGCAGCUAUCCACGGCAGGAAAAACAUGAUGCGUUUGCUGGUGAAGAAGUACAGCGCCGACGUGAGGCUUCGAGACACGGCUGGGAGGAGGCCCUGGCAGUACCUAAGCAACGCCUCCCUGGAAAUCCUUCAUCUCCUCGGAGCUCCAGCCCGAGCUGCCGUGACCCGAGAGGGAAUAACUGGGAAAGUGGACUCCAGCUUGCAGCCGCAGCAGCAACGCCGCCAUUUGCGCCACCACCCCUCCGCCGCUAGCCCCAGAGACAAACUGCAGAGUCAUUCUGGGACCACUAAAGUCAAAAGAUCUUCAUCUAUUGCUGCCCUCCUGAAGCAUAAAUCUUUGCACCGGUUUUAUGGCCACCGCUCCGACUCCCCUUGAUCGAAAGUCUUCCUGUGGCUUCCUUUGCGUUCGGCAGCGUGAUGGAAAAACCACCAGACCAACCACCUAAACUCAAACAAUCAAGACUGAGAUCAAUGUCCCGUUUGCAGUUUAUCUUUAUUUUUUCCCAAGGAAAGACUGGAUCAGUCGAGGAAACCAAACCGACACCUGGAAGCCAGAGUAAUAUAGUUGUAGGAUGAUGUUGACACACUACCAAACUUUUCACUAUUAAAUGUAAAAUAUGGUGCAAGAUUAAAAUGAUCUCAAAGCGACAUUAACUUGAUGAUUCGUACAGAAAGCUGCAUGUUUUUGUUUACCGGUACACAUAACUUGAACCCAUUUGAGCAAAACAACUGACACAGAGAGAGAGAGAGACUUCACCAGAGGUGCAGAAAAACGCUUAAACUUGGAUUUAACCAAACCUGGCCGCCUCAUGUGACACAUAAUGGGAUUUGUAUGGUCGCCUACAGCAAGAUGGGGCUGCAAAUAAUUUUUAUUUAUUUUAUUUUUUUAUUAUCAAGGGAGAAACUACCUCAGGGUGUCAGACGACGUAAUUAACAAUAAUACAUGAAUACAAAUAUUGAAGACAUCUAUAUGUAGCUCAGAUCUCCCUCCUGUACAUUACAUGCUCAGGGGUCCCAUACCACGUGUCCUGCAACGCACGUGCCCACUCUUGACUCUGGAUGCUUUUAUUUAAAAUAUUACCAAAUUUUGAAAUAAAACUGUCAUGUUUU